AUGGCGAGAAAUUUGUGGCUCUGCCUCGGCCUCGCCGUGGUUUGUACAUGCCUCUCCUUAGCUGGAGCUGGGGAGGUGAGGAACAAGAGGGACCUCAUGAUGGCAGCCAGCCAUCACGGUCAUCAUCAUGAGGAUGGUGGCGGCCACGACCAUCACGGUCAUCAUCACGAGGAACACGGUGAAAAGGGAGACAAAGGUUACAACAGCCAUCAUCAUCACGACCAUGGCGAUCACGGUCACCACGGCAAGGAUCAUGAAAGUGGACACCACGACGAACAUGGCGGACACAAAAAGGGUCACCACGACGAGCACGAGGAACACGGCAGCCACCAUGAACACGAGGAUGGACACAAGGGCUCGAAGUUCGGCCACAAAAAGGGCCACAAGAAGGGCGAGAAGACACACGGUUAUCAUCACAAGGCUCACAAGGAUGAGUACCAUAAGGAGCACAAGUUCUACGACGACUACCAUAAAGGUGGACACCACGAGAAGCAUGGUAAUCAUCAUGGACACCAUGAGAGCAAGGACGGACAUCACAAGAAGGGUGGCCACCACGAAUCUGGACAUCACGAUGACCAUCAUGGCAAGAAGGGACAUUUCGAUAAGGGACACUUCGAUGAGGAUCACAAAGGUUUCCAUGGUAAACAUGGUUACGAUGAGCAUCACUCGAAUCACGAGGAUUAUGGCAAUAAGAAUGAACAUCAUGGAGGAAAGUCACAUGGAUACUCUAGCGGUGGUGGCAAUGGUGGUGGCGGCGGCGGUCAUGGAGGCGGACAUGGUGGCGGACAUCGUCGUCGUAGGAACCAGGCCAGCGGAAAAUUAAAGAAAACCGAUAUGUUUGCCGUACGUGGAGUUCUCCCGGUGAUGAUGCUUCUGGCGAUUUUGGCGCCCGAUGUAUUCGCCGCGAUCAUAAAUUACGAGGAUAUGGAGACGGCGGCCACUUCUCAUUCCACUCAUUACGAGAAGGGCGACGGUGGCGAUAGCCAUGCCGGUCACAAGGGUAGUCACGGUGAUCGUGGCGAUCGUGGCUACAAGAACGAGCACGGAGAGGAGGAAUAUAACAGGGGCCACCAUGACAAAGACAAUCACGCUGGCCACUACAGCGAAGACGGUGGUGACAGUCGUAACUAUCAUCGGGAUGACGAUUACUACGACGAGCAUCAUCGGGGCGACGGUGGCAACAAGGGUGAAAGUUUCCAUGAAGAUGGUCGUUAUGGACAAGGACACAACACCCAUGGCCGCCACGAGGUGAAGAAACUCGACGAGUCUGAGAAACAUACGGAUUUCAACGACGAGGAUUACGAUUCUGGUUUCGACGAGCAAUAUGGCGGACAUCAUUCCGAUUACAAUCGCGAAAGCGGCGGUCACCACAAGAACGGUCACGUGGACCACGAUAAUCACAACAGCAACUACGGAAAAAGUGGUCAUUAUGAGAAAGGUAGUCAUCAUAAUGAUAAUAGGGGACAUAACGAUGACGGUGGUCACGAUGAUCAUUAUCGUAACGAGCACCGACAUGGAGAUAAAGGUGAUCACGCUGACAGAAAGAGUUGGGCCUUCAAAUCGGGCGGUCAUUAA